AGUGAGCAUGUAACAUGUGUUCUUCUCUCUUUACCUCAGGGAGACUAGUGGCGAUUGCUAAAUGUCUCAUCCGUGAAUUAUCUGAGCCCUGAGAUGUGUGUGCAUUUCAAAGUUUGACCGGACGCGCUGAACUGCAGGAGGGUGGGAAGGGGAUUAGUUUGCACCGUGAGCUGCUGUAAUGGGACAGUGUUCCGGUAAGACGAUCCCCACCACGGGAGAUGUUGAUGGCGCAACCACUAUUACAUCAUACGCUGAUCAGCCGUCCCGGAGUCCUCCGCCUUCGUCCGCCGUCGACUAUGGCGGGGUCAACACUUCCUCUGUGAAGAACACGCCGGCGAGAUCCUCGGCUGCGACCAGCCCCUGGCCUAGUCCUUACCCGCACGGGAGUAGUGUACCGGGGGGAGCCAGUCCCUUGCCGCUGGGCGUGUCUCCAUCUCCUGCAAGGUCCACUCCCAGGCGUUUCUUCAAGCGGCCGUUUCCACCGCCUUCUCCGGCUAAGCACAUUAAAGCUUCCCUUGCAAGGAGAUUUGGACAUGCUAAGACGCCAAGAGAAGGGCCGAUCCCAGAGGAUGGUGCCUCCGAGCCCGAUCAGUCUCUGGAUAAGAAUUUCGGCUACAACAGGAACUUCGGUUACAAGUACGAAUUGGGGAAAGAGGUGGGGCGGGGGCAUUUCGGCCAUACUUGCUACGCCCGUGGCAAGAAAGGAGAGCUGAAGGACCUUCCUCUAGCCGUCAAAAUCAUUUCCAAAGCAAAGAUGACAACAGCAAUAUCUAUUGAAGAUGUUCGUAGAGAAGUAAGGAUUUUAAAAUCUCUCUCAGGCCAUAGACAUCUCGUCAGAUUUUAUGAUGCCUGUGAGGAUGCCAAUAAUGUUUACAUUGUCAUGGAGUUAUGUGAAGGAGGAGAAUUACUUGACAGAAUAUUGUCGCGGGGUGGUAGAUACCCGGAAGAUGAUGCAAAGCUUAUUGUUGUACAAAUUCUGAGUGUAGUUGCAUUCUGUCAUCUACAAGGAGUUGUUCACCGCGACUUGAAGCCUGAGAACUUUUUGUUCACGUCUAGAAAUGAAGAUGCUGAUAUGAAGCUAAUUGAUUUUGGUCUUUCUGACUUCAUUAGACCAGAUGAAAGACUUAAUGAUAUUGUUGGAAGUGCAUAUUAUGUGGCGCCAGAAGUGCUCCACAGAUCGUACAGUUUGGAUGCAGAUAUAUGGAGUAUUGGAGUGAUUACUUAUAUUCUUUUAUGUGGAAGCAGACCAUUCUGGGCAAGGACAGAAUCUGGAAUUUUUCGUGCAGUCCUACGAGCAGACCCCAACUUUGAAGAUUUGCCAUGGCCUUCUGUCUCCCAAGAAGCCAAGGACUUUGUUAAAAGGCUUCUUAACAAGGACUAUAGGAAAAGAAUGACUGCUGCCCAAGCUUUGAUGCAUCCGUGGCUGCGGAGUGAAAGCCAUCCUAUUCCUCUAGAUAUAUUGGUCUAUAAAUUGGUCAAGAGCUAUCUAAAUGCCACGCCUCUCAAACGUGCAGCAUUAAAGGCUCUAUCGAGGGCAUUAACAGAUGAUGAACUAGUUUACCUGAGAGCACAGUUUAUGCUGUUGGAACCUAAUAAAGAAGGGUGUAUCUCUGUUGAAAACUUCAGAAUAGCUCUUUCGAGAAAUGCUACUGACGCUAUGAAAGAGUCAAGGGUCCCAGAGAUUCUGAAUACGAUGGCACCGCUAUCAUAUAGAAAGAUGGACUUUGAGGAGUUCUGUGCAGCUGCCAUCAGCACUUACCAGCUUGAAGCCCUUGACAGCUGGGAGCAAAUCGCAUCAACCGCUUUCGAGAUCUUUGAACGGGACGGAAACCGCGUGAUUUCUGUAGAGGAAUUGGCUAGGGAGUUGAAUGUGGGUCCCACCGCCCACACAGUCCUGAGAGAUUGGAUAAGGAAUGAUGGGAAACUCGGGCUGCUUGGGUACACUAAAUUUUUGCACGGUGUGACAUUUCGCAGUGCAAAUGCAAGACAUCAUUAGGGGGGAGGGGGUGAUUUGGUGUAUUCAACCCGAAAUAGAUUUUCUUAGCUUUUCAUACACAUUCAUGUUCUUCUAAUUACAUGCAUUUAUUUAAUUACCCUUUUCUGUGUGGAUUAGGGAGGGAAAAGAACUUAUGUAAAAAGAAUGAAUAUGUAGAGGAGAGGAGAGUAGAGUGGGGAGCGGGUUAAAUAGGAAGAUUGUUUCCGGCGGGUUGGGGGCAAAAAUUCCUUGUCCGUCCAUUCCGUUGAGACGGCUUGCUUACUUUGGCUCUUGGAUGAACAGCAGGUGGUUUGAUAACAGCUUUCUACAUGCUUUCUAUAUCAACUGCACGGAUACACCCAUUCUAUCUUUUCCCUGACCGAAGCCAAUUCACACCACCCAGACCAAUAUUCUCUCAAUACAUCUAAAUAUUUAUCUCAAUAUAAAUAUAAUGUAAUACAAAUAUCAUGUAUUUAUUGCACAUAUUGUUCCAUCAGGCUCAUAAAUCAAAUUAUUUACUCUGUCAUCACAUAGUUAUUUUGGACAUAUUUUCUAUAAAGAAACUAACUAGUUUAAAGAAUUUA